ACGAAAUGUAAAUGUUAAAAUUUUUUUUAGUAUGCUUUGGAAUCGGGAAGGAUAAAAAAUUUAUAAUUUUUUUUUAUGGCGAAUACGGGUGUGUUGCCUUUCGUUAGAGGAGUGGAUUUCUCAGAAAAUGCAUUUGGUGGAGAUCAAUUUCCUCAGGCUGUGCGCCUUAUGUCACGUGUCCAGUGGCUAAAAUUAGAUAAAACUUUUCUGAAUGAAAUACCAGAGGAAUUGGGGCAUUUACAGAAAUUAGAACAUUUGUCAUUGAAAAACAAUAAAUUAGAAAAAGUAUUUGGAGAGCUUACAGAAUUAGAUCGCCUUCGUUCAUUGAACUUGCGACACAAUAAUAUAAAGUCUUCUGGAGUUCCUCCAGAAUUAUUUCAUUUAGACGAACUGACAUCAUUAGAUUUGUCUUAUAAUCGUUUAAAAGAAGUGCCAGAAGGGCUUGAGAAAGCAAAGAGUUUACUAGUGUUAAAUUUAAGUAAUAAUCAGAUCGAAACAAUACCGACAUCUUUGUUUAUACACUUAACAGAUCUAUUAUUUCUGGAUUUAUCGGACAAUAAUUUGGGAACUUUACCACCACAAACUCGACGACUGGCAAACUUGCAAACUCUUAUUUUAGCGAAUAAUCCUUUGGAGCAUUUUCAACUAAGGCAGCUUCCAUCUUUGCAUAAUUUAGAAGUGUUAAAUAUGAAAAACACGCAACGAACGCUUUUAAAUUUUCCAACUACAUUAGAUAGUUUAUCGAAUUUAUCAGAAUUAGAUCUUUCUGAAAAUUCUUUGUCAAAAGUACCAGAUUGCAUUUAUAAUAUCAUAACCUUGAAGCGAUUAAAUUUGAGUGACAAUGAAAUAACUGAAUUAUCAGGAAAUGUGGAGUUUUGGCAAAAGUUGGAGAUUUUGAAUUUAUCUAGAAAUCAAUUGAAAUCACUGCCUCCAGCUCUUUGUAAAUUAGUUAAUUUGCGGCAUUUGUACUUAAAUGAUAAUAAUUUAGAUUUUGAAGGAAUACCUUCGGGAAUUGGAAAACUUUUCAAUUUGGUAAUAUUUUCUGCUUCUAAUAAUCAGUUAGAAAUUCUUCCUGAAGGACUUUUUAGAUGUGGGGGCUUAAAAAAAUUAAAUUUGAGCUCGAACAAAUUAAUCACUUUGCCUGAAGCUAUAUAUCUACUCUCAGAUCUUGAAGAAUUAGAUUUAAGCAACAAUCCAAAUUUGAUUAUGCCUCCUAAACCUAGGGAAGCUGGAAAAGGAGCUGGAAUAGAAUUUUAUAACAUUGAUUUUUCAUUGCAAACACAAUUACAAUUAGCUGGGGCGAAUAUACCAUCUUCGAUUCCAACAACAAGUGUUCCCAAAUCAGAUCCUAUUGCAAGGAAAAUACGUUUACGUCGGGGUCCAAGAAGUGAAUCAAAUCAAGAUUCGGCGAAAAUUUUGAAGGGGAUGAAAGAUGUAGCACACGACCGUCAUAUAAAUGAUGGUAUUAAUGAUGAAAUGUCUGAAACCAUAGGAGAACGACCGGAAAGUUUAAAACCGAAAAGGUGGGAUGAAUCUUUGGAAAAGCCUCCAUUGGAUUAUUCCAAAAUAUUUGAUAAAGAUGAUGGACAGUUACCAGGUUUAACCGUUUGGGAAAUCGAAAAUUUUCUUCCAAAUAAAGUUGAUGAAUGUACGCAUGGUAAAUUUUAUGAAGGAGAUUGUUAUAUCAUAUUAAAAACUGGUUUUGACGACAUGGGAUCAUUAAAUUGGGAAAUUUUUUUCUUAAUUGGAAGUCAAGCCACACUUGAUAAGCGAGCUUGUGCUGCUAUUCACGCUGUCAAUCUAAGAAAUUAUUUGGGCGCACGUUGCAGAACUAUAAGAGAAGAGCAAGGGGAUGAGUCAGAAGAAUUUUUAGCAUUAUUCGAUACAGGAAUAACAUACAUUCAAGGUGGUCGUACAGCUACCGGCUUUUACACUUUUGAGGAUUCUACAUAUGUGACACGUUUUUAUCGGGUUCACUCUGAUGGAUCAUCAGUGCACAUGGAACCAGUCCCAAUUUCAUAUGAUUCACUCGACCCAAGAUUUAAUUUUAUGUUAGACGCCGGCUUGAAAAUAUUUUUAUGGUUUGGAAAAAAAUCUAAAAAUACACUAAAAUCCAAGUCUCGCUUGAUGGCUGAAAAAAUAAAUAAGAAUGAAAGAAAAAAUAAGGCUGAAAUAUUGCAAGAAAAUCAAGGUUCAGAGAGCUCAGACUUUUGGGAAAUGCUGAACGUUAUUCCUGAAGAAGUUGCCAAGAAAUUAAUUCCAGAAACCGUUUCAGAAGAUUUUGAACCUGUAUCUCCGCGAUUAUAUCAAGUACAACUGGGAAUGGGAUACUUGGAGUUACCUCAAGUUGAAAUUCCCGAAAAAAAACUUAUGCAUACUCUGCUAAAUAGUAAAAAUGUGUAUAUACUCGACUGUUUCAUUGACAUGUUUGUUUGGUUUGGAAAGAAAUCAACAAGACUGGUAAAGGCAGCAGCUAUAAAACUGUCUCAGGAAUUGUUUUCCAUGAUCAAGAGACCGGAACAUGCCUUAGUAACUCGAGUACAAGAAGGAAUUGAGACCCAAAUUUUUAAAUCUAAAUUUAUUGGCUGGGACGAAGUGAUCGCUGUUGAUUUUACAAGAACGGCAAAUUCUGUAGCCAAGACCGGUGCAGAUUUAACGAAAUGGGCUAAGCAACAGGAGACACGGGCAGAUUUGGCAGCUUUAUUUUUACCAAGACAACAAGCCAUGAAUUUAGAAGAAGCGCUUCAACUAGAAGAAGAUUGGAAUUACGAUUUAGAAGCAAUGGAAUCAUUUGUAUUAGAAGGGAAGAAAUUUGUUCGUCUUCCUGAAGAAGAACUUGGCCAUUUUUAUACUGCAGAGUGUUACGUUUUCUUGUGCCGGUAUUGUUUGCCAGUUAGUGAUGAAGAGGGAGCUGACGAUCCGAAAUUUGCGGAAGAUGAAAUUCAAUAUGUUGUUUAUUUCUGGCAAGGUCGUGAUGCAGGUAAUAUGGGUUGGUUGACUUUCACUUUUACUUUACAAAAGAAAUUCAAAACAAUGUUCGGCGAUGAUAUAGAAGUUAUAAGAAUUCACCAACAACAAGAAAACUUAAAAUUUAUGUCACAUUUUAAAAGAAAAUUUAUAAUUCAUACGGGUAAAAGAAAAGAUAGAACGGAAAAUGAAAAGAAAGCAGUAGAAUUUUAUCACUUAAGAUCGAACGGGGGAGCUUUGUGUACUCGUUUAAUUCAAAUUAACCCAGAUGCUGCACAUUUAAAUUCAGCAUUUAAUUAUCUUUUAUAUGUUCCAUUCGAAACAAAUAACGAGUCACAAUCUGGAAUUGUUUAUGUAUGGAUUGGUUCAAAGGCUUCUGCAGAAGAAUCAAAAUUAAUUCAGGAAAUAGCUGAACAAAUGUUUAACAACCCGUGGAACACUUUGCAGAUUUUAAAUGAAGGUGAAGAGCCCGAAAAUUUCUUUUGGGUAGCUUUAGGAGGUCGCAAAGAUUAUGAAAAAGAUGCAGAUUUUAUGAAUUAUACUCGAUUAUUUCGAUGUUCCAACGAAAAAGGAUAUUUCACAGUUGCCGAAAAGUGUUCCGAUUUUUGCCAGGAUGAUCUGGCUGAUGAUGACAUUAUGAUUUUAGAUAAUGGCGAACAAGUAUUUCUUUGGCUUGGAUCCAAAUGUAGCGAAGUGGAAAUCAAGCUCGCUUAUAAAUCAGCACAAGUUUAUAUUCAACAUUUGCGUAUUAAGCAACCUGAAAAGCCGCGCAAAUUAUUCUUAACAUUAAAGAAUAAAGAAUCCAAACGAUUUAUAAAAUGUUUUCACGGAUGGGGAAUGCACAAAAAGAAUCCAGAUUAAAAAUAAUCUGAUCCGUUAUUAAUCAGAUAUAAUUUAAAAAGCAAUAUCCAUAUAACAUAACAAAUUA